CAAAGGCCAUUUUGUAACAUUUCUGUCGGAUGCUCUGUUACCUUUUGGUCUCUUUCAUAACUCAAAAACUGUCAUAAACAGACACUCUAGAUCGAGUUCAUCGUUUAACAAUGGCGCUAGAAGCUGUAACACAGCAACAACAAUAUCUUUACGCCUUGCUAGAAACUGCAAACUGGGACGGUGGCUCUGGCUCUGGUCCUGGUUUUGAUUAUCACAAUAAUGAGCCGUUUGAAUUUCUUGAUAAUAAUGAUCAGAAUGUAGGAGCAGCACAAGAGUAUGAGGACUACUCGAGUUGGAACUUACCACCUCCAUUAUUGGUGGAUUAUUCUCAGAAUGAUUUUAAUCAAUGGGGUCAGAAUUCUUCCACUUAUGUUUUAGACCAUAAUUUUGCAAUCGCAGAUCAACUGCCGCAAUUGGAGUCUCCAGUUGAAAUGUCUAGUACAACUAGACAAAGAAGAAGAAGAACAAGAAGCAAGAAGAAUCAAGAAGAGAUUGAGAGUCAAAGAAUGACUCACAUUGCCGUUGAAAGAAAUCGUCGAAAACAGAUGAAUGAGUACCUCUCUGUCCUCCGAACUCUUAUGCCUGAUUCUUAUGUCCAAAGGGGUGAUCAAGCAUCAAUUGUUAGUGGUGCAAUCAACUAUGUAAAAGAGCUAGAGCAACAACUGCAAUUCCUUUGUGGUCAGAAGCAUUUGAAUGAGAAAAAAUUACAAGAUAUCAAUGGGGAAACUUCUCCGUUUUCUGAGUUCUUCAGCAUUCCACAAUAUUCCACAACCAUGACUGCUGCUACUAGUGAAAAUAGAGCUUCUGGGAAUGAAUAUUAUACUAGGAACCAGCAGCUACCAGCAACAGCUGAUAUAGAAGUGACAAUGGUGGAAAAUCAUGCAAAUCUGAAAAUUAGGUCACAAAGGAGACCAAGAUUGCUUCCUAGAAUAAUUUCUGGGCUUGAAAGUCUUAGGCUAAGUGUUCUUCAUCUCAAUGUUUCAAAAGUUGAUCAGUUUGUCCUCUGUUCUCUCAGUUUGAAGGUAGAAGAAGACUGCAAGUUGAGUUCUGUGGAAGACAUUGCAGCUGUUGUGAAUCAGAUUUUAGGUAGGAUCCAUGAAGAGGCUAAUUAGCUUAAUGUGAGACUAUAAGAAUCUUGAUUCUCCUAUUAUAUUGCUAAUAUCUAUGCAGAAUUAGGAAAUAUUUGACAAUAAUCAAAAUUUAAUUUUGUGGUCACAAAUUCUCAUUGCAUUGUGUAUACUGUCGUUUUUUUUUUAAAAAUUAAAUUCGCUUACCAUGUUACUAAACUUGUGAUCACUUUAUUUAAAAGUUUGAAAAAAUACUAAAGACGACCCAAUU